AUGUCGCACCAACACCACCAGCGCAUGAGUUUACGCGUCGCGAAUAGCAACGUUUCCGCUUCUGUCGUCGACAAUACGAACACCACGAACGCUACGAAUACGGAGAAUAACGAGGAGAAUACGAAUCAGAUGACACCAAACAGAGACGCGAGUCACAUCCAGCGCCGGUUGUCUUCGGGAUCCGGAAUCAUCAACUCGGCGAUAUCCAUGCUGAAAUCCAUCGCCAAGAGCGCGUCUUCGGCGAAGAGAGAAAGGGCGGAGACUAUGAGUUCGGAGGAAGAUGUGGAAAACAACGAGUUUUUGCAAGGCGAAGAUGCGAACGCGAAGAGGGCGAAGAGGAGUUUAGGGACGAAUACCGCUUCAACCCCGUUGGUGAACGCGACGAGCGCGAAGAACGACACGACGCCGCCGCCGACGAAAAAGGCGGACGCGGAUUCGAGUUUUAUCACGAGCUCGUUGAGGAAGAGCAAGAAAAGUAAAAGCGAGAAGGAGGAAAAUGGCGGCGGCGGGAGACAGUUGAGAUUUGCGGCAGCCGCGAACAACUCGUCGAAACACGCCGCGGUAUCGGACGACGACGUGGAGAUUGGCGGGAGCGCCAGGGAAGAGGGGGAGGAUGACGUGGAAGCGGCGAGAACCAAGACGACGAGACGAAAGACAACGACGACAACGAAUAUAAUGAACGCAGCGACAGCUGCCGAACAAGGAGGAGGAAUGAUAAGAAGAGGAAGGAAACGGUUCAUGGAUUCCAUUUUCUCGCCGAUGUUUUCGUUUCUUUCCGGGACAGAAGUCGCCGAAAAGAAGGGCGUCGCCGCCAUCGCCGUCGCGGAAGAGGAGGAGGAUGGCGCCGCCAAGAGUACUCGAACUGCUUCGAGGCUUGGGUCGAAAAAAUACGCCAGACUUCGCGCGUUGACGCCACCAAAGCACGACAAAGGUCUCGACGACGUUCGUGAAGACGAGGAUGAUGAGGACGAGGACGAUGCGCCGUCAACCUCUUUUGGCGCCGGAAGAAAACGAAGCCGCGCGGAGUUGGAUGCCAUUCUCAGCGGAUUCACCGUCGAUACUGACGAUGACGAGGCUGAAUUUCUCGACUCCGACGACGAGUACGACGAGGAAUUCGACCCGUGGGCGUUCAUUUUUCACUUGCCUCCUCUAGAGCAGUGCGUCCCGAAACGGAGGAAAGCGGCGUUACCGACCAAAAAGAAAGGCGAACCAAAGAACACUUUGGUGCUCGAUUUAGACGAAACUUUAGUGCACUCAAACUUAGAAGAAGAGGAAGGUACGCCAGAUUUCACCUUCCCGGUUCAGUUUAACAACGAAACGCACGCGGUGAAUGUGCGCAUUCGCCCGCAUUUGGAGGAGUUCAUGAAGCGCGUCUCGAAGAAAUUCGAGGUUGUGAUAUUUACGGCGAGUCAAAAAGUGUACGCGGAUAAGUUGUUGGACCAUUUAGAUCCAGAGCACGUUUACUUUUCGCAUCGAUUAUUCCGCGAUUCGUGCGUUUUAGUGGAAGGGAACUAUUUGAAAGAUUUAUCGGUGUUAGGAAGAGAUUUAAGUCGAACGCUCAUCAUCGACAACUCGCCGCAAGCGUUUGGGUUUCAAGUAGAAAACGGCGUCCCGAUUGAAUCGUGGUACGACGAUCCCACCGACGACCACUUGUUGCGAUUGUUGCCGGUAUUGGACGUGAUAUCGGAAGUAAACGACGUGAAACCGAUACUGAACCGCGCGUUCGGGUUGAAAAAGAGAACUUUACGAGCGGGCGCGAGAGCGAAAAGAUGGCGAGAGCUGCGAGAGAAGAGCUUGUAUCGUUAA